AUGGUGGCCACCGAUGACAAGGCGGACGAGAAGCCGUGGCACGCCGCCUUCCCCGAGCCCACAAUAACAGCAGAUGUCUUCCCACGCAGUCGAGCUCUCAUGAUCAUGUCCUUGAAGAUAGGAAGCAUGCUCAUCGUAGACGUCCGUCGUACGGACUAUGAGGGCGGAGCUAUACGAGGAAGCAUCAACAUACCCGCUCAAGGGUUCUACUGGAAUCGUGGCGUUCUUUAUGAGCUGGCGUACAAAAGCAGCAUGGAGUGGGUUGUGUUUACAUGCGGAAGCUCCAAUGGUCGUGGUCCACGAUGUGCAGCCUGGUUUUUGGAACACGUGAGGAACGUUGCGGGAGACAACGAUAUGAAUGUGACCGUGUUGGAGGGAGGUCUGAAAGGCUGGGUCAAAGCGGGACCGCAGUAUACGCAGUACAUGGAUGGUUUUGAGAAAGCAUAUUGGGAGAAAGCAUUGGGUGAGCCGAUCGAGGAUAAACCCAUUUUGAACCCACCAGGCAGUGGCAGCUUCGCACUUCCGGAGGGCAGCGUAUCUGUUGAUAAGGAGCCUGAAACAGUGUCUGCUCAGAAGGCAUCCAGUAGCAGUGCCACGCAGGAGAAGGUCUGGUCAUGGGAUCCAAGCAUGAUGGACUCAGAGUCCUUCCCUUAA